AUGGCUGGAUUCAACACCUCAGGGGUUCUCACCAUCGCCCCAGCUCGCAUAUUGGUUGCAAUACUCUUGGUCCUCAUGUGGUAUCUCGGCCGCCUGCACUCGCAAUAUGAGCCUGUCGUCGCCUCCAGAGUCACGACUCGACUUGAAGAAGCCCGCAGAAUGAUCCCCAGCGUCAAGUUGGAUUGGCCAGUCCCACCAACCAGAGACCCUCGCGCCGCUUUCAAUUCGUCCAAGCUCGCGCUUCUGAUAGAGGCCAGGCCUCUCCCUCACCUGUCUCCUCUGAUGAUGCACAUGAUGGCGGUGGUGCCCCCGGACUGGCGCUUUCUCUUCGUCGGAUCGAGCGAGAGCAUCAUGAGCGUCAGCCGUGCCUAUUCGAUUCAGCACCAGCAGGUCAUUGGGAAGCUGGACCUGGUGGAGCUUCCUCCUCCAUGGAGCGUUGCCAGCAAAGAGGACGUUUUCAGGCUGCUUACGGAUUCAAGGUUCUAUGACGAGUUCUUGCCAGACGUAGAAUGGAUCUUGAAAUACGAGUAUGACAGUAUGCUGUGCGCAAACUCGGAAACAAGCUUGAACGAUUGGCUUGGCUGGGACUGGACUGGUGCUGCGCGAACGGACGACGACGGCUUCGCGGGAAACGGAGGCCUCUCCCUACGCCGAGUGUCAGUCAUCAAACGGGUUCUCAGUUUUCAAGAGCGCUUCAACGACUCGGAGCCCGAGGAUGAGUGGUUCGGGAAACGCCUGUGGGUAUUGCCGGGUGCUAAAAUUGCAUCCAAGCUGGAAGGCGCCAUCUCUGUUGAGGACGUGUACAUGGAGAGGCCAGUUGGCUUUCACAUUCGAGAGGGCGGAGGCGAUUUGAACGAGAGCAUGUGGAGCGAUGCAGCUCGCCGCAGGGAGAUAUUCGAAUACUGUCCAGAGGUGAGCAUGAUUAUGGACAUGAAGUUGGAAAGGGAGAGAUCACAACCUUUUCGGGAACUCGAGGAGGCUUGA